GUGUGCACGGUCCCUGCCAAGGCUGGGAGUUUGUAGACUGUCCCUGACUCGGCCAGUUUCCACGACCCUGCAGCUUUGGCGGCGGCGGCGGCGGCUAGCGGGCUCUGAUUCCAUUCCCAGGUAGCUUGCGAGGCGGGCUCGGCGGUCCUUGCGGCUACUGCAGCCUGCAGGCGGUGUGACCUCCUGCCCGCCCAACCCCGCAUCCCUGCACACUGGCUCAUAUAAGAGACGACGGGUGAACAGCUCCUCCAGGGGCUGCUGCUGCUGCUAAGGGAGGCAGCCCGAGAGGUGCUAAAAUGCAGUGAGUGACCAAAGAGAUAGAAGAAGAGGAGUAAUUAACAUAGCUGGCCAAUCCAGAAACAGAGCAUGUCCACAGCACCUGAAAGACUGAGAGUUUGUUGUAUAUUAAACAAGUCUCUGUUUAGUCACUGCUAAGAGCUCAGCAGAAUGGAAGUGAAAGAAGGAAACUGGCUUACACAGGAGCCCGAGUGAGACUGCCUGUCCUUUUCGAGACCAACACCAUGGAUUCGCAUCUCCCUUUGGUGCUUUAAGAUCCAACCCAAGGAAAGAAGCAGCUCCUUGGGAGCCAUGGCUUUCUUUGCUCCAUGGAAGUUAUCCUCUCAGAAACUAGGGUUUUUCCUUGUGACUUUUGGCUUCAUUUGGGGUAUGAUGCUUCUGCAUUUUACCAUCCAGCAACGAACUCAACAUGAAAGCAGCUCAAUGCUUCGUGAACAAAUACUGGACCUCAGCAAAAGGUACAUCAAGGCUCUGGCAGAAGAAAAUAGGAAUGUGGUGGAUGGGCCCUAUGUUGGUGUGAUGACAGCCUAUGAUCUGAAGAAAACUCUUGCUGUCUUAUUGGACAAUAUUUUGCAACGUAUUGGCAAGUUGGAAUCGAAGGUGGACAAUCUUGUAAUCAAUGGCACUGGAGCAAAUUCAACUAAUACCACCACAACCGCUAUUCCCAGCAGCAUAGCAGCGUUUGAGAAAAUUAGUGUAGCAGAUAUCAUUAAUGGAGCUCAAGAAAAAUGUGAAUUGCCUCCUAUGGAUGGCUUCCCACACUGCGAAGGGAAAAUCAAGUGGAUGAAAGAUAUGUGGAGAACAGAUCCCUGCUACGCAAAUUAUGGUGUGGAUGGGUCCACGUGCUCUUUUUUUAUUUACCUCAGUGAGGUUGAAAAUUGGUGUCCUCAUUUACCUUGGAGAGCAAAAAAUCCCUAUGAAGAACCAGAUCAGAAUUCAAUGGCUGAAAUUCGUACGGAUUUUAAUCUACUCUAUGGGAUGAUGAAACGGCAUGAAGAAUUCCGAUGGAUGAUACUAAGGAUCCGAAGAAUGGCUGGUGCAUGGAUUGAAGCAAUUAAAUCAUUGGCAGAAAAGCAAAACCUUGAGAAGAGAAAAAGGAAAAAAAUUCUCGUUCACCUGGGACUCCUGACCAAAGAAUCUGGCUUCAAGAUUGCAGAGAAUGCAUUUAGUGGAGGCCCACUUGGUGAAUUAGUUCAGUGGAGUGAUUUAAUUACAUCUCUCUACUUACUGGGCCAUGACAUUAGGAUUUCAGCUUCACUGGCUGAGCUCAAGGAGAUAAUGAAGAGGGUUGUAGGUAAUAGAUCUGGCUGCCCAACUGUAGGUGAUAGGAUUGUGGAACUCAUUUAUAUUGAUAUUGUCGGACUUGCUCAAUUUAAGAAAACCCUUGGCCCUUCCUGGGUUCAUUACCAGUGCAUGCUUCGAGUACUGGAUUCAUUUGGUACUGAACCUGAAUUUAAUCAUGCUAAUUAUGCCCAGUCCAAAGGUCACAAGACCCCAUGGGGAAAAUGGAACCUUAAUCCUCAACAAUUUUAUACAAUGUUCCGAGAAAGAUAUGCUUGCUGCUCUGCUGUUGCUUUCCCUACCCAGUUAUUUGAUCACACUACCCACACACCAGACAACAGUUUUCUGGGAUUUGUGGUAGAACAGCACCUGAAUUCAAGUGAUAUCAAGCACAUUAAUGAAAUCAAAAGGCAGAAUCAGUCCCUUGUGUAUGGCAAAGUUGACAGCUUCUGGAAGAAUAAGAAAGAGUACUUGGACAUCAUUCACACAUACAUGGAAGUCCAUGCAACAGUCUAUGGGUCUAGCACUAACCACAUGCCCAGCUACGUGAAGAAUCAUGGAAUCCUCAGUGGACGAGAUUUACAGUUUCUUCUCAGAGAAACCAAGUUGUUUGUUGGACUGGGGUUUCCAUAUGAGGGUCCAGCUCCCCUUGAGGCUAUCGCUAAUGGAUGUGCAUUCCUGAAUGUCAAAUUUAACCCACCAAAAAGCAGCAAAAACACGGACUUUUUUAUAGGCAAACCAACCCUGAGAGAGCUGACUUCUCAGCAUCCUUAUGCUGAAGUGUUCAUUGGACAACCCCAUGUCUGGACUGUGAACCCAGCUGAUCAUCAUGAAGUAGAGAAUGCAGUGAAAGCAAUUUUAAAUCAAAAGAUUGAACCUUACAUGCCAUAUGAGUUCACAUGUGAAGGGAUGCUGCAAAGGAUGAAUGCAUUUAUUGAGAAACAAGAUUUCUGUCAUGGGCAAGUUAUGUGGCCACCACUUAGUGCUCUGCAGGUGAAACUCUCUGAACCUGGGAAAUCAUGCAAACAAGUCUGCCAAGAAAACCAACUCAUCUGUGAGCCAUCUUUCUUCCAACACCUUAACAAGGACAAGGAUGUCAGAAGUAUGAGGUGGUAUGCCACUACAGAACUGACCAAUGACAUCCUGGUGCCCUCGUAUGAUGACAAGAAAAAGCAUUGUGUGUUUCAAGGUGAUCUUUUGCUGUUCAGCUGCGCAGGAGCCCACCCCAAGCACAAGAGAAUAUGCCCUUGCAGGGACUACAUCAAGGGCCAAGUAGCUCUCUGUCAAGACUGCCUAUAGCAGCAAAAAUCCCAGGCCCCAACUGAUUCAACUGGGAAGGAACCUAGCUGGGGGCAGGGAGAGAUAGGGUGGUCCAAGGACUGCCCCAACUGCCAGAACUCUUUGGUCUUUUAGUUUAGAUGUUGGUUUUGCUACAGGUGGAGUUAAAACAACAAAAUGGAGUUCUAAAUGACAACAAAAUGCAGAGAGACAGUGCAGUGGACUGACUCUCUCACAGUCGGGAUUUUUAAAAAAAAUCUUCAGUGAGCAACUGUGGUGAGGCUCUUCCAAAACCAUCCAGUUGCUCUUGGGUAAAAAUAAAUGAAGUUCCAUGCUUCAUUUAAAAAAAAAAUUAAGACGAUCAUGAAGACUCUUGUGUGGGAAAAAUUCCUAAAUCGAUUAACUUAUUUAUUUGUGGGAGGGCUAGGGAGGGUUAGGGAAGGAAGGGAAGGAAUAAUGCAUUUUUUUGCCUUCUGCUGUCCAUGUUCUACUUUCACUAAAUAGCAUUCCAGCGUAGUUUGAGAUAGCAGAGGAAGGGAAGGAGGUGCCAAGCAUUUGAUGUACAGCGACAGUCAGGGAAUUAGAUCGAGGGGCACGCUGAGAAGGUUCCCAAAGAGUGACAAACUGUAGAACAAACAAAAGCCUUUUCUGUUUAAAACCGAAUGGUACACUCCAAGGCAUUAGUCAGUUUACCUGGACAUCUCUUCAGCAAAGUAAGAGGGAUAGUUCAGGCAACUGAGAAAAAGAUUAGUUUUAUGAUGGGGAAUAGCAGUGCUUGGGGAGUGUCCCAAGGGCCUAGAGCCCAAACCCAUCAGAUGGUGCAAUUUUACAAGAGAAAAAUCUCUCUUCCCCUUCAGCUCCAGUAAUCUAUAAAAGACAGUACAAAGAAUCAAUGUUGUAUGAAUAAUAUUAAUGUUAGCUUGCCAGUUUGCUGUACUUUCCCUUCACCUAAAGUUGAUUGCAUAAAGUGGGAGGGGAGAAGGAAAAUAGAAAAGACAAAAGUAAAAAACCUACUCUAAAACUUAAUGACCUACUAGCCUUUUGGCUUUGAGGGAAGUAAUGUGAAACUGUAUGGGUAGGAAUGAUGUUAUGACAUUGAGAGAGAACCUGCCCACUCCUCCCUGAGCAGAGCAAAUUCUAAAGAUUUCAGGUUAGGUGAUAUUUUUCCUUAGGGUCUAGUAUUAGAGAGGACAGGGAGGGAAGAAAGACAAGAUAGGCUUCUUUUACUGUAAAUUAUUCCACCUGAAUCUUCACUUUUUUUGGGUUCUCAAGUGGCAGCAUUUUGUUUUGGUUUUGUCGGUUAAGCAGAGGUCUGUGUAUGCUUGUGGAAAAGCCAAGGGGAAAGGGUGAAUGAAUAGAACAGAUGUAACUUUGCCUUUAUGUACCCGGCAGAACUUCACCUCUUUUUGCCCUAGGAAUCCUCUCACCAUUGCAACAAUUCGGUCUGCUUAGCCCUAUAUCACACAUGGCUGUUUUGAUUGGCUGAUCAAUUUCUUAAAAAGUCCAACAUCUCUGAAUUAGGGUUGAGAAAGGAAGGUGGUCCCCGGUUCUCUCCUUAUCUGAAUUAACUUGUGAUCCCACAAAGUUCUGUGGAUUUCCAUGUGGCCAGCUGACAGGUUUUUUGGGGUAUCUAAAUCAAAGUCAGGAAAGUUGCUGUUGAAUUUGGGUCUCCUGGUAGGAAGAUAAAAGAACUGAAAUAUAUUCUGUCAAAGGAGUAUGGACCCUGGGAAUACUUUCAUCAAAUCUUCCUUCCUUGUCUCUCAUCUCUCAUUGGGAUUCUAAGAAUUUUAAGCAAUUAAGUGGCUUUUCUUUGUGAUUAGUUCAGUAGAAAGAAACAGAAGGGAUUAUGCCACUCAGAUUUGAGAAAUACUUAGGUCACCUUGAGAGCACUUGGCUUCUAUACAGUUGAUGCCCACUGUGGUCUGCAGAAUUGGUAGAGACAAGACAAGGAAGGAACCAUUCCUAAUGAGCCUUUGUGUCUGGAAAGUUUGAUUUCUCUCUGCCUUUGUGACCCCAUUUGUUCUCCUAAAUUAUACCUAAUGUAUGACCUCAGCUCUUCAUGGGCUGCCAAAGACCCAUAGUUAGAGUUUUCUUAACUGUCCCUGCUCCACACUCCCUAACCUCACCGGCCCUGGUCAUUCAUGGGCAGUAAUGGUGCAGGGUUAGUCACAGGAGAGAGAUCCCUGUCAUAGGCAUUUAAUGUAAGGGAAUAUCAAAUAAGUAGCAACUUAUUUGUGACAUGAAACUUUACUUAGGAUGCUGCUUCUGUGGGCCUUGUGGUGAGGGCUAUACCAAGUUCAGGAGGGAUCUUGUUUAAAUCCCUUGGCAGGGUGGGUACAUAGGCACACCCCUGCACCACUCUCUCAUAACAUUUCAGGCACCCAUCACCUACAUUGGGAACGUGGAGAAAGGCAGCAUUCUACUAACAGCCUGCUGCCUACAUUGUAUAGAGAGUCAAGAGGAAGCCAGCUGUUUUCCCAUCCCCAUAGACUAGCUGACACUGCCAUCUUGUGAGCACUGUGUUCCAGAAGCCCAGGCGCUGUCGGUGCUGCUUUGAGGCCGGCAGAGGGAGCCCCUGCCUUCUCAGCUCUUGCUGACUGGAGACAAAGGCUGGCUUUCCCAGCACUCUGCUGGUUUCCCGAUGUUGGAGGAGAGAGCUAUUGGAAACUGACAAAGAGAGGCCUUCUCUCCGAAAGGAGAAGCUGGCAUGUUUCCUUUGCGGGUCUCCUUUCUGGGUUCGGGGAUGAAGUUGGCCACUAGGACACAGGGGCAGCUCCUGAAUGCCGUUUUCCUCCAGUAGAGCCUCCCUGUCAGACAGCUGAGAGAAGCCGCUGCUGCUUUGAAAAUUCUGAGAUUAAAUAGUUCCAAUUCUUUUUUCCCCCUUUUUCCCAGCCACACACUGGAUAUAGGCCUAAGAAGAGAUUUCUUGCCUUAUCUUUGCGUUACCCUGCAGGGUGUUAUAAUGAAGAGUACUAGUCUUAGAGUCUGAAGAAGCCCGGGUUAGAGUCCCAGCUCUGACAUUUAUUGCUUUGUGACCUUGGGACAGUCACUUAAACUUCUCUGUAAAAUUGGCAUCACGAUACUUGAACUACCUACCUCACAGGGUUGUUGUGAGGGCUAGCUUUGUAAACUUUACUGGGAAUCAUGGUGUCACAGCAAUCUGGUGGUUGCCCAGGGCAUUUUUCCCAGAACCCGGGUAUGAGAUUUGGACCUAUGCCUCCUUCAUCAGGACCAAGGUCCAAAGACACAACUGGAAUUGGCUGAGUUUCAAGAGCAUUCAUAUCUGGUCAAUUGGCUGUUGAAGGAGGCAGAUGACAACUUUCUAUUAUUUCCCUCCCCCACUCUCCCGUUCUGGGAAAGGUAAAAGGAUUGACUUAUGUCAUAAGUUAUAGGUCAGCCCUUUGGGAGGGAGAAUCAGGAGGGCCCUGGUCACACAGGCCCCUCAUCCUUUUGGCCAGGGAGUCUUCAGAUCCCUGCCCCCUAACUUUUGUGUCUGUGCCAAUUGCAGGCCUAUAUGGAAUCCUAAGCAAAUUUGUAGUCAUUGACAAUGUGUGUGGGGUGGGGGGGAGGGGGAGGGAUGCAAACCCCUAAGCAUAACCAAUGUUAUCCUAAGCUGUAAGCAUAGCUCUCCUAGACUUUGUUUUUGUACCUUUUUGUUCCAAGUGACUUCUGAUUUUUUUCAUUGUGAUCCUAAGAUCUUAGAAAAUUUAAGAAAAAAAAAUUAACAUAAUUUAUUAAAGAUGGUUAACAGAAAAAGCUUACCUUUGAAAGGUAAAGUGGAGAAAUAGACACUGUUUUUAAAUGCCAAUAAAAACCUCAUUUAUUUCAUAUAUGCAACUUGAUUUGCACAUUUAUGAAGAGGCUUUCUGCAUUUUUACUUAGUUUUUUUGUUGCUGCUGCUGCCCACAAGCUGUUCCUUUCUCAAAGAAUCUGACAUGCUUAGAAACAUCAGAUUCUGUUUCCUAGGCUAUAUUUAUUGUUUAAAUCAUGUGCCUUUUCAUUUUUCUUUGGGGUUAUAUGUUGGGAGCCAGAUGCUGUUUGAAGGAGUAUAACAGAACACCAGUUCUGCCACUUGAGUCUACCUUGUUCUAAAUGUAGAUGUAUGUAGUAUGUGUUCUCCAAAAUGCCCUUUCUGUCCCCACAAAUGAACAAAGCAGGAAAAAAUAACAUAUAGGAAAAAUUGAUUAUCAUCAUUCCUUCCAAAGGGCCACUUUCUGUGACCUCCCCUUGGUCAAAAAUCCUCAUCAAGAGAGCCAUGAGUGAGAAAAAGGAGUUCACACCCAGUUCUCAGUCUCAUGGUGGGAGGACAUAGAAGGGGUGCUCCCUCAGCCCUUCAGGGGAUCAAAGAAAAAAUGGCUACCAUGAGUUAGAUUGGCAUUAAAAGAAGAACCUCAGAUCUACUAAGAUUUUCAGUGUUUGUCUCUGGGAUAUUAGCUUAUUGGCUACAUAAGAGAAGACAGGAGAAUAACUUUUUUUUGGGGGGGAGCCUGUUUUUUAAGUAUUUGCAAGACCUAAAGAAAGAUUCUUUUUUUUUUUAACUGGAAGUGGAGAUUUUCUCAACACUUCAGUGAGUCCCAGAUCAAGUUUAGGAGAGUAGUACAUAAUUAAGGGUCCAGUGGAAAAUGUUUACAAUUAUAUGUUCUUUAGACAAGACCAAUUCAAAUCAUUCUCCUGGGGACAGCUAUUUCCAAAGGUCUGGCUGGUUUUCCUCAACAUUUUACCUCUUUCACAAUACUGGGUUGUGUCUAAACCCGAGAAACUGUUUUGCUUUCCCGAUGAAUAAAGGGGUUUGUUUUAAUGAAAAAUUCUCAUUUGUUAGAAAAUUGUUUAUUUUGUUAACGACAGGCUCCAUUGUGUGUGUUUCUGUCCUAAGCUUGGAUUAUUUUAUUUAUUAAUUAAAAGCAUUAUUAAUUAAAUUCAUUUAACAGCUUUCCUCAAGCUCCAUCCAGCCUUAUAUGGCUAUUAAGCACCUUCAUUGGAAGAGACAAGCAAAUGGGAAUAGAUUCACAUGUAAUUUGAGAAUGUAGCCAUUUCCCACAGCUGAAGGAAACUGUCUUUGAUUCUUGUUGGCACCAAGGGAAAUGGAAAACCAGAUUUUUAAUAGCCAAAAGGCCAGGCUCUUUCUGUAGUUCAUUCCAAAAAGCUACGUAGGACCAAGUGAUUCCUUAACAUUUUGGGCCCUUCCAUGACAUUAAAUAUAGUAAAGGUACAUGCACUCCAUAUAUGUUGAUCUGAAAGUGUCUAAAUGAAAAUACAAUUCUUGACUGACCUAGUAAAGAUUAUCCAUCUAGACUGUCCUAAGUACUUGACCUUGCUAAUCUAAAUUCUAACUCAUGAGUUUCUAAUACUUUGUGACCUGAAACAGGUUGGUUCACUAGAAAAAUGUAGCAUAUUAGCCCUAAAUGAAACAAGAAUUUAGGGAUGGGUCUCUCUUGUUCACAACUGGACCCUGAUCCAUAAGUAUAUUUAGAACCGUUCAUACAGGUUUUUUUUAUUUAAUGUAUAUUGAAUGAAAGGUACCUUUUCAAUCAAUACUGUUUUGCCUCUGAAUUUCAAAUAAAUGAGACUUUAUUAUAUUUCAGAUACUCAAUAUAGAAUUGAUCUCUUUCUCCCUGCUUUCUAGGGUAUCUCGCUGCCCCCUGCUGGUUGGGGGGGGAUCCAUAGUACCCACUGUGAGCAGUCAUGUUAUCACCCCAAUUGGAUUCUAGGUUGUUAGUCAUCUCAUGAUCUUUGCACCGAACUUAAAGGAAUAAAGUUUUGUUUGUAGUUGCUCAAGUUCCAAGGAGACCAAAUUCCAGAAAUUGUCCUUAAAGCUGGUGUGAACAUAAUGUUGGAUGUUACCUCUCCAAAGUAUAAUUCCCAAAGAGGUCAAGAACUGGACAAGGUUAAAUAAAAUCCGUUGUUACUGAAAUGCCAGUUAUUUUUUUCCCUCUGUGGUUCCUAGACUUUUCCUUACCUGAUAAGUCUGCCUGCUAAUUCCCUUGAAGGAACAUCAUAGAUUUAAAAAUCUAUUUCUGUUCUAUGUCCCACCUUAUAUGAUCGUAAUUAAAAGAUAUAGGAACACCAACUAAUCCCUUCAUAUAAAAACCUUGACUGCAUCUUCAACUGAAUGGACAUUUUUGUACUUUUUCUUCCCUUUUGUGGAUACAAAAAAAGCAAGAUGGAAAAGAAUGUAUUGCAUUGCCAUCCAUCUCCAUCCCAAUUACUUGAACUUAUGAAGUCAUGGGAAUGGAUCUCUACCCACUGGAUGGGGAAUUGUAGGCAAAUGAACAAUCUCUAGAGACCAAAAGGGAAGCCACAUUUUUAGAAGGAUUUCAGGAAAUUAAUAUCUAGUGUUGCCAACUUUACCUUUGUAAAUGGUGCUUUUAGAGGAAUGGGGGAGAGGAGAAAGAUAUGGAAGUAAAAAAUGUUAUGGGCAGAGGCUUGUAAUUGAGGUGAGGACCCUAAGGCUAAAGGGGGUCUAGCUAGGUGAAAUUCUGCCACACAUCUCCAUGUACCUCAGAAACAACUGAUAGCAAGAAUAGGGAGCAAACUACAGGACAGCUGAAAUCCAUGAAAUCUGGGGGUUUGUUUUUGUUUUAAACCAGUCUGCCCGGGUAUUAAAAGCAAUGGAUUUGUGAAAGGUAAAUCUGAUGCCAAAGGAUGUAACGUCCCUUCCACUAUAGUUUGAAUUCAUAACCUUGAUACUUUUAAGCUUAGUUUAAAUAUGCAGACUGGUGUGUUCCACUAUACUCUUCAAGCAGCUCACAGCUCACCAAAUACUGGUUACAACUAUUUCUUAUUGUUCAGUUCCUGAGGUUUAAUAGUCCGGGAUUCUAAAAAUAGGGUGUAAAUGUCUGAAUGUACUUUACUGGCAUAGAAAGCGAUGCUUGUUUUUCACUGUUGUAGAGAAAACUAGGGAGAACUUUAUUUUUCAAUAAACUUUUUUCUUGUGUGA